AUGUUUGACGAAGAAAAAUAAACACAAUUUAAUCAUAAAAAAAUAGUAAACAAAUAAUAUGGAAUAAAUAAUAGUUAUUAAACUACUCCAAGAUAAAAAAAAUACAGUUAAUUUUCUCAAUUAAAUAUAUUUAAUGAACAAAGUAAAGUGAAACAAGAAUAUGAAGAAAAAAUAAGUCCGCAAAAUAAAGACUCUUAGAAAAUAAAAAAUGAAGAUAAAUAUAUAGAACCUUUAUUUAAAUACACCGAUGAUUCAAGUGAUGAAAUCGAUAAUAAUAAAUAUUCUCAUUUACAAAUCUUUGGAAAAGAUUAUGUUAGUUUUCAAAAAUAUAUUGAUUAUAUAGAAAGUAAUGACUUUAAUAUAGAAAAGCUAAUAAAAAAAUUCCAUUUAUAAAAUAUCGGAAAUAUAUAUUUAUUUUAAUUAAAAUUCAAGACUUUUAGAUGGACGUAAAUAAUUUAUUUAUAUUAACAUAUUUUUUAUAUAUAAAUACUUAUUUUUUUUAUUAGUAUAAGAAGAACAAUCCAACAAAUAAAAAAAAUUGAAUUAGAAUAUUUAAAUUUAACCAAAUAUAUCGAUUCAUUAGAUAAAAAAUUCAUACCAUUAGACUCUUAAUAAUUAGAAAAAAGUACGAACUAAGGCGAAGUAUUAAAUAUUCUCUAAGAUUAACUAUAGAACAUAAUAAGUUAAUUCAAUUAUGACUAAGAAGAUGACGAAGAUUAAUAUACUAGAAAAUAAUUAAGGCUUUUAUAAGAAUUUAAGCUUUCUUUGAGAUGUUUUUGUGAAUUUUCAGAUAUAUUUGAAGACGGUAAGUAGAAGUAUAAGGAAGUUUUUAUAAAAAAGCAAGCCGGAGGUAGAUAUAACUAGAGAAGUCUUAUUCAAAAACUUUCUUGUAAAACCUUAUGUAAAUGCUAUGAUAAAAGAUAUUUUAUAAUUACUUAAGAUGGUAUUAUGUAUAGUAAAGGACUUGUGUACCCUAAUUCUUAAUUAAGGGAAGUGAUACUAUUCGAUUAUAAUUUUUAAAUAUAAAGUGGUUUGGAAUAUACAGGAUAUUAGCUAGGAUUUGCAAUUAAAACAAAUAGUCGAAAAUUUAAUUUAAUAUCUUAUGAUGUUUUUGAUUUUUUAGACAUUCUUUUUGCAAUAAAGAAUGCUUAUGAUCAUUCUAUAUAUGCAGGUGUACAUCGAUUUAAUUCUUUUGCACCACCUAGACUUAAUUGUAUUGCUAAAUGGUAUGUAGAUGGGCAAAAUUAUUUCUCUGAUGUAUAUGAUGCCAUUGACUCGGCUGUAUAAGAGGUUUUUAUUACCGGUUGGUGGGUAUCUCCGGAGCUUUUUUUAAAAAGACCACCUGAAAAAUAUCCAGAAUCUCGACUAGAUUUUUUGAUUUAGAAAAAGGCAAAUGAGGGCGUGAAAUUUUACAUUAGUGUAUAUUGUGAAACGGAGCUUGCUUUGUGCUUAAACUCUAAGUAUACUUAAUCUAAAUUAUAAGGGUUGCACCCUACAAAUAUUUUAGUUUAAAGACAUCCGAAAUAUGUUUUGCCCUUUAUGUGGAGUCAUCAUGAAAAAACAGUUGUUAUUGAUUAAGAAGUGUGUUUUAUUGGAGGAUUGGAUUUGUGUUAUGGGAGGUGGGAUACUUAAGGACAUUUAUUGUUUGAUAAAGGAGAAAAAUAAUUUUUUACGGGAAUUGAAUAUAAUAAUAUUAGAAUUAAGGAUUUUGAGAAUGUUACGAAUUUUUAAGAGUCUAAUAUUAAUAGGGAUUUUUAGUAAAGAUUACCUUGGCAUGAUAUUGCAACGAGAAUUAUUGGGCCGUCGGUAAAAGAUGUUUCAAAGCAUUUUAUUUAAUAUUGGAAUUUCGCAUAGAUUGAUAAUGAUAAUAAAGGAGGACAUUAAGGGUUUCUGAUUCCGUAGGAGAGAGCAGGAUAAAAUAAUCCAUUUAAACCGUAUAUUAAAGAAUUUAAUUAAAAUAAUAAACCAUAAUUUGAACAUUAACAUACUUUCAAGAAAUAAACAAGUUUUGAAUAAAUGCUUAUGAAUUAAGAAGAAAAACCUCGUGAGGAAAUAUUAUAACUUUUAAAGUAAUUAUAAUAAAUAAAACUUGACAAUGAUUAUGAUGAAUACGAAGAUAAUUAAGUUGAGAGUUCUAAUUCUUAAAAAGAAAGCAUUAUACUUGAAAAAUUAUAGUAACCUUAAGCAAAUUAUGAUACUAAUUUUUUAGAAAAAAAUGAAUUACAUGAUGACAAUGAAUUAACUUCUAAAGCAAGCCUUAAAUCAAGAAAAGAUUCUAUUAUGAGAUUUUCAUCUUACAAAUCUAUGUUUGAUAAGUCUUUCGAUAAUUUUGGUAGUAUAUAGAAAGAAAUUAUUUAAAGAAAAAAUAUUCUUAAAUUAUAAGUUAAAAAAUUUAAAUAAACAAAAAAUUAAACUUAGUAAAAAUGUCAAAUUUUGCGUUCCGCAAGCUUUUGGUCUCUAGGAUUAAGUAAAUUGGAUACUGAAACUUCAAUUUAAAUUGCCUAUUUGACUCUUAUUAAUGAGGCCAAUCAUUAUAUUUAUAUUGAAAAUUAAUUUUUUAUCAGCUCUCAUGCAGGUACUCCCGUUAGAAAUUAAAUAAGUAAUGCCAUUGUUAAUAGAAUUAAAAAAGCGGCCGCUGAAAAAAAUAAUUUAAAGUUAUUGUUUUUAUACCUUUAUUACCA